AUGCCCCUCGGACGCAGUGCUUCUCCUUGCUCUUUGCAAUAUAUCAUCGCACUACCCAAAGGUUUACUUGAUAUUAGCUUUCCACCUCUAGUGACGAGGGUUAUCAUUCGGGAUACAUCUCUGCAGGCUUCAGAGUAUAUCGCUGACUAUAUCAUCAGCCGCAUCAAGACAUUCAACCCUACCGCAAGCAACCCAUUUGUGCUUGGGCUUCCAACUGGGAGCAGCCCGGAAAUCAUCUACAAGACCUUGGUCCGGCGACACAAGGCUGGAGAGAUCUCAUUCAAGCAUGUUGUGACAUUCAAUAUGGACGAAUAUGUCGGGCUACCCCGCGAUCACCCCGAAUCAUACCACAGCUUCAUGUAUAAGCACUUCUUCUCGCAUGUCGACAUUGCGCCACAGAACAUCAACAUUCUCGACGGGAAUGCCCCAGACUUAGCUGCCGAAUGUGCCUCCUUCGAGGCCCGCAUUGCCCGCUGUGGAGGCAUUGAACUGUUCCUCGGCGGCGUUGGAUCUGAUGGGCAUAUUGCCUUCAAUGAGCCAGGGUCCUCUUUGAACAGCCGAACUCGGGUCAAGACUUUAGCCUUUGAUACGAUACUUGCAAACUCCCGAUUUUUUGACAACGACAUGAGCCAAGUGCCUCGAAUGGCCCUAACCGUCGGCAUUCGGACCAUCAUGGAAGCUCGCGAAGUUGUCAUCGUCGCAACAGGCGCUCAUAAAGCGCUCGCUCUCAAAGAAGGCCUUGAGGGCGGCGUGAACCACAUGUGGACGAUCUCGUCCCUCCAAUUGCACCAGCAUCCGCUGAUUGUCUGCGACCGCGAUGCGACCCUCGAACUCAAAGUCAAGACCGUCCGAUACUUUGAAUCAAUCGAGCAGGCCGGAACUGAUGCGCGAACCCAAGGUCCUCCCCUAGUCUACCGACCCAGGACAUACGUCCCAGCUCCAAUAGCUGUCAACAAGGAACCGACUCCCGCUGCCACACCGGAAAAGACAUCAAAGGAUCUGCGCAUCAACACAGAUCUCAAGCAGUCCUUUGAGGAUGACGAGCUGACUCCAGACAGCAUGUCUUCCCGUAUGGUUGACUCUGCGAUUGGUGGGCUUGACUCGACCCUCAAGGGCGAACUGUUGUUUGAUCGCAUGAGCGCACGGAUGGAUUCACAUUAA